AUGCCUGAUCAGUCAAAGAAGGCCAGUCAGCCAAAGAAGGGGACUGGCAGUAAAGGUGAAGCCACUCGACCGGUGAACGGGAAACCAUCUGGGUCUGGUGGAAAUUCAUCUACAGAGACCACAUCAGGUGAAGGAGGCCGUGCUCAAGCAACACCAAGCCAAACAUCAUCGCCCACGGCAGGACAGCAUGGAUAUCACAGCCCCAAUGACGCGCCUCUCGUUUUCAUUGAAGUGGCUGGUCACAAGCCAAGACCUUGCCCGAAAGAAUUAUCCGACCAGAUAGAUGAACAUCUGCAGGAACUGGGAGACGAUAAUCAGCCCGACCACAAAGACGAAUCCAAGGGGAACGGCAAAGGCAAAAACGUCAAGAAAUGA